UCCUGUAGGAAAAAGAAAUAAUCUCAAAGUGCCAAUCUUGCUGAAUUCUUAAACUCACUUUAGAUCACAAAGGGAAAAAACAAGAGUCAAGUGUCCAUAUUGCAGUUGUAUGAACAAUACUGUCACCAUGGAGGAGAAAGCAUUUAAAUGUGUUGAAUGUGGAAAGAGCUUUAAACAGCCUAGAGAUCUGAAGACACAUCAAAGGACUCACACUGGGGAGAAACCCUAUACAUGCCUGGAGUGUGGAAAGAGCUUCACUCAGAGUGCACACCUGCAUUCACAUCAAAGGACUCACACUGGGGAGAAGCCCUAUACAUGCCUGGAGUGUGGAAUGAGUUUUACUCAUAAUGGAAAUCUACGUUCACAUCAAAGGACUCACACUGGGGAGAAGCCCUAUACAUGCUUGGAGUGUGGACAGAGCUUCACUCAGAGUGGACAUUUGAGUUUACAUCAAAGGACUCACACUGGGGAGAAACCCUAUACAUGCUUGGAAUGUGGACAGAGCUUCACUCAGAGUGGACAUCUAAGUUUACAUCAAAGGACUCACACUGGGGAGAAACCCUAUACAUGUUGUGAGUGUGGACAGAGCUUCACUCAUAGUUCAGGUCUACUUUCACAUCAAACAACUCACACUGGGGAGAAACCCUAUACAUGCUUGGAGUGUGGCCAGAGCUUCACUCAGAGUGGACAUCUACGUUUACAUCAAUGGACUCACACUGGGAAGAAACCCUAUACAUGCCUGGAGUGUGGAAAGAGCUUCAUUCAGAGUGGACAUCUGCAUAUACAUCAACGGACUCACACUGGGGAGAAACCUUAUAUAUGCCUGGAGUGUGGAAAGAGCUUCACUGAGAGUGGAAGUCUACGUUCACAUCAAAGGACUCACACUGGGGAGAAACCCUAUACAUGUCCAGAGUGUGGACAGGGCUUCACUCAUAGUGGACAUCUACGUUUACAUCAUAGGACUCACACUGGAGAGAAACCCUAUUCAUGCCUGGAGUGCGGAAAGAGCUUCACUCAGAGUGGAAGUCUACGUUCACAUCAAAGGACUCACACUGGAGAGAAACCAUAUUCAUGCUUGGAGUGUGGACGCAGCUUCACUCAGAGUGCACAUCUACGUUCACAUAAAAAGACACACUGGGGAGGAACAUUAUAAAUGCCUGGAAUAUGGAAAAAGCUUCACUCAGAUGGAAGUCUACCCUAUUUCCCCUAAAAUAAGACAGUAUCUUAUAUUAAUUUUUGCUCCCAAAGAUGUACUAGGUCUUAUUUUCAGGGGAUGUCUUAUUUUUCCAUGAAGAAGAAUUCACAUUUAUUGUUGGACAAAAAAAGAGAACAUUUAUUAUAUACUGUACAGAGUUGUCAUCACAAAACAGCAUAACCAUAUACAGUAGAGUCUCACUUAUCCAACAUUCACUUAUCUAACGUUCUGGAUUAUCCAAUGCAUUUUUGUAGUCAAUGUUUUCAAUACAUCGUGAUAUUUUGGUGCUAAAUUCAUAAAUACAGUAAUUACUAUGUAGCAUUACUGCAUAUUGAACUACUUUUUCUGUCAAUUCUGUUGUAUAACAUGAUGUUUUGGUGCUUAAUUUGAAAAAUCAUAACCUAAUUUGGUGUUUAAUAGGCUUCUCCAUCUCUCCCUGUUAUCCAACAUAUUCACUUAUCCAACGUUCUGCCGGCCUGUUUAUGUUGGAUAAAUGAGACUACUGUAUCUGCUUUGAAGUGGAUGAUAUGAGUCUAAACCAGGGGUCCCCAAACUUCUUAAACCGGGGGCCAGUUCAGUGUCCCUCAGACCAUUGGAGGGCUGGACUAUAGUUUUAAAAAAACUAUGAACAAAUAAUAAAAUAAUAAUAAAACUUUA